AUGGCAAUUAAGACUAAGGCAUUGUUGGUUGUAUCUCUUCUUCUAUUGGUUGCAAAUUGCAUGCAAUAUUGUGUGAACGGAGAACCGCAAGUGGCUUGCUUUUUUAUCUUUGGGGACUCUCUAUCUGACAAUGGAAAUAACAACAACCUUCAAACAGCUGCAAAAGCCAAUUACAAUCCAUAUGGCAUCGACCUCCCAGAAGGCGCUACUGGAAGAUUUACGAACGGAAGAACCCAGGUUGACUUUAUUGCCCAAUAUUUGGGAUAUGCAAAACCAAUGCCACCCUAUGCAAACACCAGGGGCUCAGACAUAUUUCAGGGUGUGAACUAUGCAUCCGGAGCAGCUGGAAUUCUCUAUGAGAGCGGAAAACGUCUAGGUGACAAUAUCUAUUUGGGAAAACAGCUGAAUAAUCACAGACUCAUAUAUUUGGAAAUCGAUGAAAGACUUGGAGGUUUUGAUAGAGCUAAACAGUACCUUAACAAAUGCUUGUAUUACGUGAAUAUCGGCAGCAAUGAUUACAUAAACAAUUUCUUCCUUCCCGAGAGUUACCUAUCAAGCAGAAUCUAUACCCUUGACCAAUAUACUACCAUUCUUAUAGACAAGUUAUCUGAAUAUAUUAAGGAACUGCAUAACAUGGGUGGAAGAAGAUUCGUGCUAGUUGGGGUGGGUCUUAUAGGCUGCACUCCAAAUGCCAUAUCUACACGGGGGAAAGAUGGAAUGUGUGUUGACGAGUUUGAUGCUGCUGCGUUCCUGUUCAACGAAAAGCUCUAUGCUCUAGUGCAAACAUUCAAUAACAAGUUUACUGAUUCCAAAUUCAUCUUCAUAAACAGCACAGAGGGAACCAUUGACGGAUCUCUUGGUUUCACUGUUCUCAAUGCUGCUUGCUGCCCUACCAGGGAUGAUGGACAGUGUUAUGUCCAUGGGGUGUCCCAAGUACCUUGCCUUUUUAUCUUUGGGGACUCUUUAUCUGAUAGUGGAAACAACAAUGAACUUCCAACCACUUCAAAAUCUAAUUACAGACCUUACGGGGUGGACUUUCCAUUUGGGCCAACUGGAAGAUUUACCAAUGGCCAAACAACAAUUGACAUAAUCACUCAGCUUCUGGGAUUUGAGAAUUUCAUCCCACCCUUUGCAAACACUAGUGGUUCAGACAUACUUAAAGGUGUGAACUAUGCAUCAGGGGGAGCAGGCAUACGCAAUGAAACCGGAUCGCAUCUUGGUGGUUCUAUCAGCUUGGGAAUGCAGUUCGCAAAUCACAAAGUCAUAGUUUCUGAAAUUGCUACCCGACUUGGAAGUCCUGACUUGGUUCAACAAUACCUUGAAAAAUGCUUGUAUUAUGUGGACAUAGGUAGCAAUGAUUACAUGGGCAAUUACUUCCUUCCCCAGUUCUACCCAUCAAGCAGCAUGUACAGCCCUGAGCAGUAUACACAAGCUCUAAUUGAAGAGUUAUCUCUGCAUGUACAGGCUUUACAUGAAGUUGGAGCGAGAAAGUAUGUGUUGGCAGGGUUGGGCCUUAUAGGAUGCACUCCUGGUAUCAUGGAUUCCUAUGGGACAAAUGGAUCUUGUCUUGAAGAGCAGAAUGUUGCUGCAUUCAAUUUUAAUAACAAGCUUAAAGCUUUAGUGGAUCAAUUCAAUAACGGGUUCUCUGCUGAUUCCCAGUUCAUCUUUAUAGACACUCAAGCAUUGGCGAUUGACCUUUGCGAUAAACAUGAAUUUCUGGUUCCGGCUGCUCCUUGCUGCCAACCGGGGCUAUCAGGGGAGUGUAUUCCUGAUCAAAUGCCGUGCAACAAUAGGAAUGAUUAUGUGUUUUGGGAUGCAUUCCACACCACUGAGGCAUGGAACCUACUCAAUGCAAUAACAUAUUAUAAUUCUACCACUGGUUCAGCCUACACUUAUCCAAUGGAUAUCAAGCACCUUGUGGACUAUGAAAUCACUAAAAUGGAAUUGGAGCUCACUAAUGACUCUACUUCGCAACCUAGUGCCACUGAAUAA